CUAGUUAUUCCAAUAGCCAGAACGAUACAGAUACCACGACGAGAUGGCAAAACUAUUCAUUAUUUUGGCAGUCAUCGCCACAGCUUACAGCGCUGUGAUUAAGAAUGAAGAUAUCCCACUGCAGAGGGUAGCGCGAUCACCUUGCAGCACAUGCGGUCCUCCACCACCACCUGGUCCCCCGCCACCACCACCUCCACCGCCUGGUGUACCACCACCACCACCCCCACCAAUACUCCGCACCCAAAACUGGAGUGGAUUAGCUAGAAGCUCAGACGGCCUGCAAAACGCUGUCUUUAGCGGCGCAGCUGCAGCAGCCAUACCAAGCCCCUUAGCUUCUGGCGAAGCGUUCUCAUUAGCAUCAAGCUCAGCUGGUUCAGGAGUCGACGGAUCGGCCAAUUCUGGAUCUGGCUCUGGUAGUGGAUCAAACGGAGUUGGAUUUGGUGCCUCAAAUGGGGCUGGUUUUGCCAAAUCUGGAGGUGUGAAGGGUGAUUUCUCUGCUGGUGGAUACGCUGACGGAAACAAAGUGGUUAGCGGAAGAUUCAAAGAAUCUCACUAUUCAUAUCAUUCUGGAGGCAAUAAAGACUUUAACAGUCAAGGACUUCAACAAGAUGGUCAAACAGCGGCAUCAAGUUCCUCGUCAUCGUCAGCGCAAGGUGGAUCAUUCGGAGGCAAUUACGGUGGUGGUAAUGGUGGACAUUCUGGGGCAUUUGGAAGUCGAGGAGAUGGUGACAUACAAGAAAUACAAAGCCAACAAUACAAACGUGGUUUUUCAAGCGGCAAGGAUAUUGGACAAUUUGGAAACCAUGGAGGUUUCCAACAGACGAAUCAACAAUAUGGUGCAGGACAUACUGAAGACUUUGGUAAUGCUGCAUCUUCGGCUCAGAGUUCAUCGUUCGGUGGCAAUGGACAAAAUGGAUUUUCAUCUGAAAGUCAGCGAGAAGGGGCUUCCACAUUUGGAGCAAACAACGGAGGAAACGGGAACUUUGGAUCCGGCUUUUCAUCGGGACAAAAUGGGAAUUCACUAGGCGGAUCACAAGGCAACUUUGGUUCCGGACAUCAUCAUGAAGUCCAGAACGGUGGAGUUUCUGGCAGGUACAGCAGUGGAGCAGGUCAAGGUCACUUUGAUUCUGGAUUUUCGUCUCAAGGUUCACAGGGUCAAGGCCGAGGGUUUGAUGCGUCUGAAGCUCAAAGCAGUUCUGGUGCUGAAGGAGGAUUCGGGGUGGGUGGAAAUCAAGGAAAUUCGCAAGUUUCUGGCUUGGGUAGUGGCUUCGGACAAGGUGCUGCGUCUGAGACUCUUGCAGCCCAAGGAGGAUACUCAGGGGGAGUGGGUGCUGAUGCUUCGUCCGCGCUUAGUGGAGCCCUGAACUUGGCAUCCCAAGGAUUACAGACAGCUGGCCAGGCCAGUUGCUCUACUUGCGGCAAGAGCAGCUACGCCCUUAGCAACGCCAAGAGUCACAGUGGAUCAGCGGUUGCCAUUUCUGUUGGAGGUUAAAGUAACGAAAGAUAAUGAAAGAAAAUAAAAUUGUUUUUGGAAUUUGUGAACAGCUAUGGAAACGAUUUGUUAUUGUUAAUAUUAAUAAAUUGCUACUUAAAUAAAUGAAUUUGUUGACA